AGGCCCGGUGGUGGCGGCUGGCGGCGGCAGCUGAGAGGGAUUCCCGGAAGAUGGUGCUGAUUAAGGAAUUCCGUGUGGUUUUGCCAUGUUCUGUUCAAGAGUAUCAGGUUGGACAGCUUUACUCUGUUGCAGAAGCGAGUAAGAAUGAAACUGGUGGUGGAGAAGGAAUCGAAGUCUUGAAGAAUGAACCAUAUGAAAACGAUGGCGAGAAGGGACAGUACACACACAAAAUCUACCACCUGAAGAGCAAAGUUCCUGCAUUUGUGAGGAUGAUUGCUCCCGAGGGCUCCUUGGUGUUUCAUGAGAAGGCCUGGAAUGCUUACCCCUACUGCAGAACAAUUGUAACGAAUGAAUACAUGAAAGAUGACUUCUUCAUCAAAAUCGAAACAUGGCAUAAACCUGACUUGGGAACAAUAGAAAAUGUUCACGGCUUAGAUCCGAACACAUGGAAAACUGUUGAAAUUGUCCACAUAGACAUUGCAGAUCGAAGCCAAGUCGAGCCAACAGACUACAAAGCUGAUGAAGACCCUGCAUUAUUCCAGUCAGUCAAGACCAAGAGAGGCCCUCUGGGACCUAACUGGAAGAAGGAGCUGGCGAACACCCCUGACUGUCCUAGGAUGUGUGCCUAUAAGCUGGUGACCAUCAAGUUCAAGUGGUGGGGGCUGCAGAGCAAAGUUGAGAACUUCAUCCAGAAGCAAGAAAAACGGAUAUUUACAAACUUACAUCGCCAGCUCUUUUGCUGGAUUGACAAGUGGAUUGACCUGACAAUGGAAGACAUUAGGAGAAUGGAGGACGAGACUCAGAAAGAACUAGAAACAAUGCGUAAGAAGGGUUCCGUCCGAGGCACGUCGGCCGCUGAUGCCUAGAUGAGCCCCUGUAGGUCAGAGACAUUAUCAAACUGUCUACGGAGUCAAGGCCAAGUGAGGGGGACCAGUGCGGCCUGUGACGACUGAAGCCACCAGCGUCUCAGUGUUGACAUUUCCAGUGUGUGCCUCUGACGACUCCAGCACACGUGUGCACAUGCACGGGCACACACACACACACAUACUCACAUACAAGCGUGUGUGAGUAUGUGUGUGUAUGCCUGUAGCUGUAUGUAAAGCACAUAUGGCCAUAGGCCUAGAUGCACACAUGAGUGUGUGUAUAUAUAUAUAUAUAUAUAUAUAUAUGUACAUGUAAAGAUCCAAGGGAUCAGUACAUUUUUUCCAAAGUACUGGGCCUGUCUUCAACAAAAAUACUAAAGAAAAUAUUUUCAAUAUAUAUACCUGGAACAGAUACUAAUAAUCUACAACAUGACGCCCUUGAUGGGAAACAGACUGCCCUGUGGUGCUGGCUGGCACGCCUCGUGAAUGUCAGGUGUGGACCAGUGUGUACAGCCUUUGGUCAUGUUUCUGUGUUUUCAAGUCACCACACACACACACAAUCUCAUCCCAUCAGCAACGACUCCUACAGAAAGAUUUCUUCAAAUUUUUAGAUACUCCAGGGACUCUGGAAUGUAAACUCUGGAUGUAUUUAUAACUAUUUAUUUCUGGGUGGCCACUAUCUUCCAGCCAAAUCCAACGAUAUCUGUUAAGCAAAGAGUCAAAACUCUGUAUUGGUUUGCCCAAGGGGUGGGGAAAUCCUUUUUUAAAAAUUGCCACUUUUUAUUGGAUUUUUGUAUUUUGAAUUUCAAGUAUUUUUCUACAUCAAAUCUAGCAAAAAAAAAAAAAAAAAACAGUGAUGACGGUUUGUGAUUUAUAAUAAACACUAGACAAUAUUCAGAUUCUGGCUAAGCAAACGACGAUCAAGCAAUUAACCUGAAUGGUAUUGCAGGCUGUGUAGAGCACUUCUGUGGAGUUUUGUUUCUGAAAUGGCUUUUCUGGAAUUACAGCCUGGAGACUAUAUGGAUGGUCUGUAUUGCUCUCAGCUCCCAGGGUAGGAGAGUGGUCACGUCUGGCUCUUUUCCUGCUGUGGUCCAAGCCAGGAGGAAGUGCUGAUGGAGAGCUAGAAACAGCUUGAGUGUGGCACAGGUCCGCCACUGUCCUGAGGCCCAGCUAGAUCUGAGCAUUGCUGCCUACUCUGUUUCCUCCUCCGUCCUCCUCCUCCUCUGCCGUUUCCUUUUUUUUUUU